AUGAAGGCUCUAAUCCUCCUUGCAGCCGUUCUUGGCGUGGUCUUUGCAACUGAUAAUAUCAACAUCAACAACCAGGGCAAUGAUGGUAGCAAUGUCCACCAGACCGUGAACAUUGACAACCACGACAACGUUGCCAAUGUAAACCAGUACAAUGGUUGGAACUCAUGGAACUCUGUCUGGGAUUAUGGAAGAGGUCUCUUUGCUGCUCGGCUCGUGUCCAAGAGAGUUUGUGUGGUUAGCAGGAUGAACAGGAAUGUGGUUCCUAGUUUGGCCGAGCUCAGCAAAGUCAGCCAGGAGAAACAGAACCCCAAUGCUCCUCCUCCAAGAAGUUUGACCUACACAGUCACUCAGACCAGAGUCAAGAAUGUGGCACAGUUUGGUGACCACAUUGAAGCACUUUGCAAAGGGGUCCCAACCUUCUAUGCACAGGAAACCCAAGGUGCUGGUCUGUUUGUGAACCUGCAUGGCUGUACUGAUCUCGGCAUUCUGAGAUUUUUGGGCAUCUCUCUGUGUGGGAAUAUUGGAUGCUAGACCUCCCGCCUUCAUUGCUCAUAAUCUAAAUGAACGUGCCUGGCUGCUGUGAUUAGACUCCCUUCAUCUUAUCUCCUCUCAUCUCUAUUCUGCGUGUCCACUGGUCAGAUAGUCCGUGUUUUUUUAUACAUAAAACUAGAUGUCAUGUUUAUGAAUAAAGA